AUGACAGCGGAGCUCCGGGACGUGCUGGUGCUGCUGCCCACGCGGGAGCGGCUGCGGCUGGCUGUGGGGGUGCAGGCCACGGGGCGUGAGCUCUUCCAGCAGGUGUGCGACCUGACCGGCAUCAGGGAAGCCCACUUCUUUGGCCUCAGCGUGGUCAGAAACAACGAGCACAUCUUCAUGGAUCUGGAGCAGAAGCUCAGCAAAUACUUCUCCAAGGACUGGAAGAGAGAGACACACGGAGGCUGCGGCAGGCCGGGCGCCCCCUUCGUGGCCUUCCUCGGGGUGCAGUACUACGUGGAAAGCGGGAGGCUCAUCAGGGACCGCGCGGCCCGGCACCUCUACUACCACCACCUGAAGGAGCGCGUGCUGCGCUCGCAGUGUGUCCACUGCGAGGAGGCCUACUUCCUGCUGGCCGCCUAUGGGCUGCAGGCCGACCUGGGCAACCACCGCCGGCUGGUGCACACCGGCCGCUACUUCCAGCCUCAGGCCUACUUCCCGCAGUGGAUCAUCGCCAAGAGGGGCAGCGCCUACGUCCUCAGACACGCGCCCGCCCUGCACCGCGAGCAGCGUGGCCUGAGCCCCCGGGAGGCCGAGCUGCGCUUCAUCCGGGAGGCCUGCCGGCUGGAGGACGUCCCCGUGCACUUCUUCAGGCUUUACAAGGAUAAGAAGGAGGACCGACCCACCGUCGUCCUGGGCCUGACACUCAGAGGGGUGCAGGUCUUCCAGGGCAAGAGGUUCGAGCUCUGGCCUCAUGGGCAGCCCGCGGCCCGGAGACUCGUGUACCGCACCGGCUGCGCCUGGCGCUCCCGCCACCUGCUGCGCCUGCUCCGUACCAGCCACCAGCUGCACCUUGGCCUGCAGCAGGCGCGCCAGCAGCUGCAGCGGCUCGAGGAGGCGGAAGAGAAGCAGAGCUACCGGGAGUCCUACGUCAGCGCCGCGCGGGACGGCAACCGGGACCCGGAGGCGGCCGGCAGCGGGGACCACGCGGGGGCAGACCGACAUCCCCCGAGCCUCCGCUCGCUCCUCUGGGCUGGCAGCCGCUGCAGCUCCCACGCACCAGCCUUCGAGGUCGGCCCCCAGCGGGCGGGGCCCGCGGAGCCCGGGGAGAUGUCGGUGGACGAGCCCGAGGGGGUCGCGGAGCUCCCCACAGAGGAGCCCCCCUACAGCCCGAGCACCAGCCGGAGCAGCCCUGGCACAGUUGGCGGCGGCAGAGCCUCCCCGCAGCAGCCACUGGCUGUGGUGCAGGUCACGCUGGUCAGUAUGAGGGCCCCGAGCGCAGAGGCCACCCUGCACCAGACCCUGGAAGCCGAGGCGGCAGCUGGACACACAGGCCAGCACAGCCGAAGCCUGGACCACACACGCCCCGCGCCCGCCCCGCGCCCAGCACCCCGCAGCCGUGCCCUCGGCCGAGCGCUGCACCCCGGGCCGAGGGGCUCCGUGAAGUCCCUGUCGCCCAGCCAGCUCCAGAAGGACCAGCUCCUGGAGGAGUUUGUGGUGUAG